CAUAACAUUAUUUAUACUUAAAAUUUGGUUCAACGAUUUUGUUAUAAUAAUUUUAGUUCCUUUUUAUUUAUAUUUAAAAUAGCCACUUAAACACGUAUAUAAGUCAUUGUUCUGUCUUCAAUGUUGUAAUAUAAUUUUACUUGAAUGUAUAAAUAUUUUUACGUAAAAAAUGGAGUUCAAUUUUUAUUUUUUGAUUAUGUGCAGUUGCGUUCAUUUGAGUUUUAGUUUAAACAGUGCAGUACUAGAAUUUUCAGACAGUACUAGUAAAUUUACUGUGGAUUUAUACAAACAAAUUAUAAAAACUGAAUCAGAUAACAUAAUCUUCAGCCCUAUCUCCUUACAACUGUGUCUGGCGUUAACUCUAGAAGGUGCCAAAAGUUCUACAGAAUCGGAACUAUCUAAAGCCUUGAAGCUGCCUAGAAAAGCAACAACUCAAGCUGCUAUACGAAACCUAGAACUCGAUGUUUCAACAGAAAAACUAACUUUAAGAUCAUCAAACAAGUUAUAUAUAGCGAACGGCUACAAUAUAUUACCAGAUUUUCUCGAUAUAGCUAGAUACAUUUAUCAGAGUGAUAUAGAAAACAUAAAUUUCUCAAAUAGUAGUGUUGCUGCUAACAUCAUCAACCAGUGGGUGUCAAAGAGAACGAAUGGUACCAUUCAGAAUUUAAUAAGUCCUAAACAACUCGACGCUUUAACAAAAUUCGUCCUGAUCAACGCUUUGUAUUUCAAAGGACAAUGGAUUAUCCCUUUUAAAAAAAGAUUAACACGCAUGGAUAAUUUUUUUGCGGAAAAUAAUCCAACCAAAGAUAUUCUUAUGAUGAAUUCUGACGAUUAUUACCUAUUUUUGGACUCAAAAGAAUUGAAAGCUAAGUUUUUAGAAUUAAAAUACGAAAACGGCGAUAUUAGCAUGACGUUCGUUUUACCGCACGAGAGGAACGGUUUGAAAACUAUCGAGGAUAAUAUUGGAGAGUAUUUGAAACCUCAGAGUUUGACUACUGAAAGAGUCGCUGUAACGAUACCUACUUUUAAAACUAGCAAGCUUGUUGAUUUUAAAGAUAUUUUAAAGAAAUUAGAAGUAAAGAAGCUCUUUGAGACAACUGCAAAUUUGACAGGUAUUUCAAGAAAGCCAGGCCUCUAUGUGAAAUAUGUCAUUCAAAAGACUUUCAUUGAGAUUUCUGAGGCUGGAACAACAGCAGCAGCUGCUACAGCAGUCAUUGGAGGGGUUCGUGCUUUAGCAGUGAUUCCCAUUUCUCCACCAGAGUUGGUUUUUAAGGCUGAUCAUCCUUUUUUGUUUUAUAUCAAGGAAAACACUUCCGGAUUAAUCUUGUUUAUUGGGAGAUUCAAGGGUUAACUUUAAGCGAAUUAUGUAAAAGAUUUAUCUAAUAAAAAUACGAAAAGAAAGAG